GCUGGUCCAACGACUCUUCUAGAAGCAGAGACAGAACUCCGUCAACGUCAUUUUGGCGGCAGACGUGCGAUCAAUCCGCCUGCUUCAGCAUGGUCUACAAGGACGGAGAUUGAGUUGAAAGCGCAGAAGCGCGUUGCGGACCGCAAGAGCAAGAAUGAGGGGAGGAAGGAAAGGACCAGCGAAAUGCUGGCUUCUCCAGAGCCAGCCAAGAAGAAGCAGAAGAUGCAGUGGGUGGACGUGCUAGAAGGACAAGAAAAGUUGAAAGCUUGUGAGAGCAUCAGGAACAAAAUGAUGCAAGACUUGAGUUUUUUGCAACAGGUUCAGCUCUGCCAUAAAGUGGCGCAGUUGCAGCUGAGUCUGCAAGAAGCACGAAAGCUGGAUCUGGUUGCCUGGGCGCAUGCUAGAACCAGCACGGAAACUAAUACAGUCCUCCGCUUUUUGUGUUCCAAGCUUCUGCAGCAAUGGCGGUAA